AUGGAUGCGGGUGGUGCGUAUGGUGGCGGCAAGGCAGGGGGCGCGUUUGACCCUCAAGCGUUCAUCCAAAGACCUCCCGUAAUCGUCAGGGCGGUCUGUUGGCUAUUCUGCGUGAUAGUGAUGGGCUGUAUAUCGGCCAAGGGUUGGUACGUUGACUCCAGUGGGAAGGACCGCUGCGUUUACAACGACGACACCAACGCCUGCAACUAUGGAAUCGGUAUCUCUGUGAUUGCCUUCAUUGCUUCUAUCGCCUUCAUCGCCGGGGAGUAUCUGUUCGAGCAAAUGUCAUCGGUCAAGACUAGAAAACAUUACGUUCUAGCCGAUUUGGGCUUCUCUGUGUCCUGGGCGUUCCUGUACUUCGUGGGUUUCUGUUACUUGUCCAACGCGUGGGGCAAGACUGAAGCUCCACCCAGGGGCACAGCCAACAACAUGCAGGGCGCAAUCGCUUUCUGCUUCUUCUCGAUAUUUGCUUGGGUGGCGUGCGCAUUCUUCGCGUUCCAGCGUUACCGUGUUGGUGCAGACGCAGCCUUUGCCCCGGCGUAUGAGGUAGAGGGCGCUGUGGGCAGCCCGGGCGCCUUCCCCGCCUAUCCCGCGGCUCCCGACCCGCAGCCCGCCUACAGCGAGCCUCCCUUCUCGCAACACGCUACUGGCAACAUCGACUACACGGCUCCGACUUACUAA